AUGGGCUUGUGCGGUGGAAAGUCUGCGCAGAAUCGCCAAAGUCGCGACAGUCGGGAGUUGGGAGAUGGUUUUCAUUACUCUCGCAUAAAGCCUGAUGAUGAUGAUCACGACGCCAAGUCUGAUUCUGACGACCACCCAGACAUCAUCCAGUUUGCAGCUCCCAUCUUUGUUGCCAAGGAGGGUGCGGAGUUCAGUGUUAAGCUGAUGCGUCUUGGGUCACUUUCUGGAAAGGCCCGGUGCAGCUACAGGACAGAAGACUGUUCAGGGAAAGCUGGCAGCCGGUACGUUCACACACAAGGCCAAGUUACUUUCGAGCCUGGCCAGUAUGAGCAGAGCGUCACGGUCGAGAUUCUGGACUCGCCUGGAUGGAUGGCAACUCUGGAGUUCAAGGUGGUUCUUGAGCAUCCGAUUGGUUGUCACUUGGGGAAGUAUCUAAGCGCCUGCCGCGUCAAAGUGAUGGACUCGGACUUCUUUCCUUCCAGCACUUACUCGCAGGUUCUGGAGAAGGGUGAGGAAAGCAUCUUGGGGAUGAAUCCGGUGCUUCUGUUCGCCGAGUUUUUGAAACUCCUGCUAUCGGUGCCGGGAAUGGCCUGGAGGCUAGCAGUAACGCUGCUCUUUGAUCAGCUCAAGAAUGUCUAUGUCUGGUUCAUGCUUGUCUCUUCUGUGUACAUGGUGAAUGUGAUAUUCAGCAGCAAGGAUGCCGUUGAACAGGAGCUCUUGGUUCCUCACGACCCCGAAAUGACGGCUCAGCUUAUUGGAUUGAUGUAUGUUUUAGCCCCACUUCUCCUCCACUGCUGGAAGGAAGUGAAGCUCCAGAUGGACAUUCGAGGCUGCUGCACACUCUUUCUGCAAACUUCCGUCAUGAGGAAGUAUAUGAACUACAGCGAUCGCUCACGUGCCGAGGUCUCGCACCAUGAGGUUCAGAAGUUUGUCAUUGACACAUCAGAUGAACUGGCACAAAGUAUCGACGACAUGUCAUCGCUUUGCGAGAACUUGGGGAAGCUACUCGUGCUGAACUACUUUGCAGUGUCCAGCGACCCUGGCGUGGUCUGGGCAACCCUGGCCAUGCCUGUGAUCAUGGCUCUGUGGGCACUUCUGAGAGAGGCUGUUUUACGCAAACCAGAAGAGACUGAUGAAUCUGAGAAACUGGUCAGCGACCUUGUCAGUGAGAUAAGUCAAAAUUAUCGGCUCAUCGCCGGCUACUUUCAGCGACCGGCAAUGAAUGAUAAGUUUGCUGCCCGUGCCACGAAGCUCUCCGAUGUGCGUCUGCCAAGGGCAGCAUAUGAACUUCGCAGUGAGUUCUUUUUCGAGUGGCUGGGCCCGCUGUUCGUUGGUGGGUACGUGGCCUUCUACUCCCCCCUCGUGCUUUCUGACAAGCUCUCACUGGGCACAUUCCUGGCCACCAUCUCCGUGUUUAAGGAAGUGGGCCAUAACUUUGCCGAUGGUUUUGCAAGAAUCCGGAGGGUGGCCGCAAAGUUUGGACCCCUGGUUGAUCUCACAGUCUUCUUGAACCGGGCCACAGACGUACAGGAUCUUGGGGACUUGAUCGAAAGCAGGGUCCACGAGACGUCCAUCCUGAGGCAGGACAUCCUCUCUCUUCCCGCCUCGCAGGAUCCAUCCAUGGUCCGAACAGACUUGAUUCCGGUGCGCCUCCAGAACUUGAGCUUCAGCUUUCCGGGCAAGCAGCUGCUUCAGGGAGUCAACAUCUCCGUUCCGCAAGGCAAGCUGGUUGCAGUGGUGGGCCGUGCAGGCUCGGGGAAGACUCGGCUGAUCCGGGCACUCGGCAGCGACACGUCUCCCACAACAGGUAGAGUUCUCAUCCCCUCGCAUUUGCGGUGUCUUCUGGUAUCCCACCAAGUGUUCUUGAUGAACACGUCACCGCUGCAAAAUCUGUUUUUCGGAGAUCCUCCAUCCUUGGCGCUGCUUGAGGCGCGGAAGCGGAUGCUCAGAGUCUUGAACAAGCUCGAGAUGCGACAAACCCGCAAACUGGCAGAACAGGAGAUGCAGCUGCUUCAAGAACCACCUCCUGUUGAAAAGCAGGAGGGCAGUUCUUGCUGCUGGCAGGUUGUGCCAGAGGAGACACAGCCGAGCUGGUCACCUCCAGACGGCUCGGCGCCCGCGUUGCGCAUCGCUUCGGCCCUGCAUGGCUGGCAGGAGUCGCUGUCUUUCCAGGAAAAAGCCAAACUGCAUAUUGCUCGUGCCUUGAUCAUGAAUCCGGAGAUCUUAAUCCUCGAAAAGCCGCUUAUGAACUUCGACGACUACGAAGCCGAACUGGUGGUGAGGGUGCUCCGCGAACAUAUCUCCAACAGAGGCAUAGAGCUGCCCCGGGAAACUCGGGACCGGCGCAGGCCCCGGACUUGCUUCUACAGCGUUGAGCGCGUGAGCAAGAACGAUCAACCCGAUGUCGUCUGGAAAUUGCAGAAUGGACGGGUUGUGGAAGAACACGAAAUUCCCACGGAGCUCCCACCAGCAUCGAGACAUCUGAGCACAAAGAUAUCGGCAUUACAGUGA